GACCGGCGUUACGGCAUAACAAACAAAGCUGUUGUAAGUAAAUAAAUGAUGAUUAAAACGUGCGUUCAGCACUUUAAUUUAAUAAAAUGCGGCGCUUGGCGCUCGCUUUCAACACAACCAUCGCACAUGAACAUAUUCGAUCGGAACGCCAAAAGACUACAGAAGGAACGCGCAGCACUCAGUGCAGAUGUGGGUCUCUAUGAUUACUUGAAAGAGGAGGUCGGCUUCCGAUUGGCGGAUCGAGUGUUUGACAUUAAGCGCGAAUUCAAAGCUGCUGCUGACAUUGGCUGUAAUCGUGGCUACAUAUCAAAGCAUAUUCUCGCCGAGUGCGUCGAACAUCUCACGCUGACCGACACAAGCGCCAGUAUGCUUGAACAGGCCCAAGGAACACCAGGCCUCAAAAUGCAUAAACUGGUGCAGGAUGAGGAACAGUUGGAGUUCGAAGAAAACUCGCUGGAUUUGGUUAUCUCUAGUCUGAGUUUGCACUGGGUCAACGAUUUGCCCGGCUGCUUUGAAAAAAUCAAGAGCAGUCUGAAGCCAGACGGCGUUUUUAUUGCAUCACUCUUUGGUGGCGAUACUCUGUACGAGCUGCGCUCUUCGUUGCAGCUGGCGGAGCUGGAACGCAAGGGCGGCAUUGCGCCGCAUGUUUCGCCGUUUACACAGAUACGCGAUAUUGGAUCGCUAUUGAAUCGCGCCGGUUUCACCAUGCUGACCAUUGAUACGGACGAAUUAGUCAUUGGCUAUCCAAGCAUGUUUGAGUUGAUGUGGGAUCUCAAGGGCAUGGCCGAGAAUAAUGCGGCAUUCAAUAGGCCGGCGCAUGUGAGUCGCGAAACAUUGCUGGCAGCCAGUGCUAUAUACAAGGAACUAUAUGCGAAACCGAACGAAGAGGGCGUGCCAGCCACGUUUCAGAUCAUCUAUCUGGUCGGGUGGAAACCGGGGCCAAAUCAACCACAACCGUUGCCACGCGGUACAGCCGAAGUAUCGCUUAAGGAUUUGGGUACGAUUUUCGAGAAGGGUGGCAAGAUCAAGGUGGAUGGGGAUGCUUGAAGAACAGAAAACGACAUAGAUACUAAAUAAAUUGUUAUAAA